AUGGGUCGGGGGGUGCAAAUGGCAAGCAGUGGUGUAGCAAGCUCAGGCGCUGCAAGCCCAUCAACUCAGUCCAAACAAUUAUUUCUUCUUCAAACAUCACAAUGCAAAAAAUUACAUAUUGGGCUCCAUCUUGGGUGGUGUUUCGGUCCAGUUCACAUACCCUUCUUCUCCGUUCAAACCAAAUGCAAUGUUAUCAAGUUUUUCUCUGCCUCCAUAUUUCUUAGUCCGACGACUACAAGCAUACAUUCAUCAUCCCUCCUCCUUCUUUUACAUCGGUUAUACCUUCCCCUUGCUCCAGUCACAGCUCUGAUCAAACAUCAACGUCUGGCCACCGCAAAAGACCGUCUUAUCUCUCUUAAUUCAUCUCUUUAUUGA